AUGCUCACCGUCAUCCUCCCCGCCUCCCACGUCCACCACUUCUUCUGCGGCGUCUCCGAUCCCUUCUCCCAAGCCGAAGAGGAAAAUACGGUAUUCGAGGCUCUGGACUGUAAGCCUUGGGGCGCUGUGGGGUACGCGCCUGAUGGGUGGUUUGAGUUGGGGAUUCCGAGUGAGAGGGAGUUGGGUGCUAGUUUGAGUGAUUGUGUCGGCGGCCCUACUCUGAUGUUCCCGGAUGCGGGGAACGAUGAAGGUUCGACGAUACCCGGUGCUGCUACACCUUCUUCGGGUUCAGUGGUGGUUCAGACUUCGAUUAUGCCACUAGAGGCGACAUGCUCACCGGACGAUCUCGAUACGGAUACGAAUACGAAGGGUCUGGGUUCCGAGCCCCCGCACGCUCCUUCAAACUCGACGGACCCUUGCACGACGACCGAUAACAUCUCAAAUAUUGAGCGGCCUUCAACAUCUCUAGUAUCGUCGACGUUCAAAUGGCCGCCAACAGAACUACCCACAUUUAUAAUCGAUUCUCCUGCGUCCUGGGACGGGAACCACGCGCACCCGGAGGACGUGUAUCUGGCUGCCUAUGAUGACGGGGCGCAUCUUUUCGUUCCUAUGGUAGGGGCGUUUGGGAAGUUGGAUAGGGAGUGGGAGAGACGAUUUUUCCCUAUGGCUGAGGAGGCUGGGGCGUGUGCGACCGCUAUAGAGGGAGAUGAGAGUGGAGAAGGUGGGGGGAAAAGUGGUCUUGAUGGUGUUGUGAAUGUGGAAGAUGGUGCUAAUGAUAAGAAUUGA